AUGCCUAAAGCACGAUCACACGAUGACUACACCGUGGGGUGGAUAUGCGCCCUCCCGCUGGAGAUGGCCGCAGCCAAAGCAAGGCUGGAUGAACUCCACCCUCCCCUAGCACAACCCCGACAUGACCACAAUUCGUACACUUUGGGUGCAAUAUCCGGGCAUAAUAUUGCCAUUGCAUGUCUCCCUUCUGGGAUAUACGGGACGACCUCUGCAGCCGUUGUCGCAGACCAAAUGCAGUCCACCUUCGGUUCGAUCCGCUUCGGGCUGUUGGUCGGCAUCGGUGGCGGUGUUCCUUCUCAAGCAGAUAUACGUCUUGGUGAUAUCGUCGUCAGUAAGCCCACCGGCACUUUGCCGGGUAUUGUUCAAUAUGAUUACGGCAAGAGCAUGGUAUCAGGACAGUUGAAACGAACCGGGACGCAGAAUCUGCCACCACACGAGCUUCUUACGGCGAUGGCACAGGUUGAAUCCAACCAUAUUAUUGGCAAGUGCGAGUUGAAAAUUUACCUUGAAGAUAUUAUAUCCCCAAAUAAGGACGGCGGAGAUAUCAUUUUCCAGUUCCCAGGGAAAGAAAAUGAUGCACUCUUCAAUGCUUCUUAUGAGCAUGAAGCGUCAUUACCAGACUGUUCAAACUGUGACCGAAGUCAACUAGAGCAGCGGAAAGAACGAUCAUUCACUACCCCCAAAGUCCACUAUGGCACGAUCGCAUCAGGCAAUCAAGUCAUGAAAGACGGUAGAACACGCGACAGUCUAGCACAGGAAUUGGGCAUUUUGUGCUUCGAAAUGGAAGCAGCUGGUCUUAUGAACCAUUUCCCAUGUCUUGUUAUCCGAGGGAUAUGUGACUAUUCGGACUCUCAUAAAAAUAAAGACUGGCAGGGCUAUGCAGCUAUUACAGCAGCUGUUUAUGCAAAGGUAUUACUAUCGCACGUUCCUCUAAAGCAAUUGAGUAAUGGACAGUCUUCCAGAGUUCAAAAAGCUAUGGGAGAUUUCGACGUCCGAUUCAGCACGAUCGAUAUACCACGUAUACCAUACUUCGUGGGCCGAGAGCAAGAGCUUGUAGAUAUCCCUAAAAUGCUUCAAGAUGAAAGCUCGGACGGAACUGUCGUUCUCCAAGGGCUACCCGGAAUAGGCAAGACUCAGCUUGCCGUAGCAUAUAUAUUGCAGCAUCGGCACGAGUACUCAGGGGUGUUCUGGCUAGAUGCUACCGAUCCAACGACGUUGGAAUCCAGCUUCGUGAGAAUGGCACGGCGCAUUUAUCUAGACCAUCCAUCCGAGAGUUUUAUAAAAGCACUCAUAGAUGCUAAUGAUAUGGAGCAAUUGCAGCAAAUGACUUCCUGGGACAAAAUGAAGCUCGUUGUCCACCGGCUUCCAGAAGGCAGAUCCAGAAAGACGCCCGAUGACCAGAAGUUGAGCGAUAUUGUGUAUGCGAUGAUUACGUGGCUCAGCAAGCCUAUGAAUAACCGGUGGCUAGUCGUGUAUGACAACUACGAUGCUGGAAACUGGCCUGGAUCCGGUGAAUCCCGUGAUAGGAUCAAGGCCUUCCUGUCGGAUUCACGACAGGGACACGUUUUAAUCACAACGCGAAUAUCCGAUAUUUGUACUGGGCAUUUGAUUAGAGUUAGAAAGAUUCAUACUGAGUAUGGUCUUCACAUUCUAUCACACACAUCAGGCCGGCAGGACAUAUCUGAUGAUCCCCAUGCCACUGAGCUGGUGAAAGAGAUGGACGGGCUUCCUCUAGCUGUUGCAACUGCAGGGAAGUAUAUGGAACAGGUAGCCAUAACAUGUUGUGAUUACCUGGAACUAUACAGAAACGAGUGGACGCGAAUCCAAGAGACAGGCCCUCGAUUGCCUUCAUACGACAGAACACUAUAUUCAAACUGGUCCCUCACUCUCGCAGAGAUAACUCACAAAAACAAAUUGUCGCGUGAUAUUCUUUUGGCAUGGACCUAUCUCGAUAGUCAAGAUCUUUGGCGCGAGCUGCUCCAAGGAGUUCCCACACCUCUUCCUCUGGAAUUCCUAGGGAAUGAUGCAAUCGCCUUCAAUGAAGCAAUGCGGCUUCUUCUCAAUUAUGGACUGGUUGAGAUCGGUCCUAUCCCAAGAAAUGGGACGGAUGAUUCGAGGGGCUAUAGCAUGCAUAGAUGUGUGCAUUCCUGGCUGAAUGAUGGUCUAGAGCCCGCUAUUAGCAUUGCAGAUCCUGCAAAUGUGGUUCUAUUCUCUGUCAGUAUCUAUGCACAGAGAUCCCUUGAAGAAGGUGACCGCACACGAUACGCUCGACUGCUUCCUCACGUCAAUCGGUGUCUGGAUCUCAUCUCCCAAGGCAUUAUGGCUCAUGAUAAACCCAAUCCGUUCUUCAUAGAUUGCCUCAUACUUCUUGGCCAUGUGCACUGUCAGGCGGGUUUUUGGAUUUCCCGACCCUGUAAGCCCUAUUUCCAUGCCCUCGCAGCGAGAGUCAGGCAUCCUAGGGUGGGGAAUUUGGCCAAGGCAGAGACUCUAUUUCGAAUGGCCCUUGAAAGGCUGGAAGGGGCCGAUCCUGCAUCGUAUUCAGACUACUAUAAGAAGAAAGCUUCAGCUCUUGGCGCCCUGGCGGGUAUUUGUAGAGAGAGGUGUGAUUUCACCAAGGUUCGGCAGUUAUCUCAACUGGAGCUUCGGGCCCAUGAAGCCACAAUCGACCGUGACGAAGCCGCAUAUCAGUCCUGCCGCUCUGAUGUUAUCUUCUAUCGCUAUCAUCGAACAAUCGCCCAGUUUCUAAUCGUCUCUGGCCCUUUUACGUUGGCUGGAUAUUUGUACAUGAUUUUCCAAGACCCAACCCCACUUCGGACUAAUCUGCUAUUCCUCGCCAUAGUCUUUGGGUUAUGCCUCUCUUUCAUUGCCUUUGUGGCGUACUGGACCCAGCGAUGGAAAACUAUUCUUCUAUUAAUUGCACUCAUAAUGUGUCCUGAGGUGCUCCAGGGUGGAUGCCUGUGCAGUAAUCCUAGCAGCUUUGAUUCUUACGUUGGCCUUAUCAUGACGCUCCUUUACAUGACAACGCUAAUCUUCGAGGAAGGCGUUGAUUGGAAGACAUGAAAGUACCCCUGGUCAUAGCUGAAUAUUCUUGUUAGCAAUUUCUCAUUAACGUUCUCAUUCUCUGUCUCUUGAAUAUGCGUGCAUCGCCGAUUAAAUGCUUCUAAUAAGUCACAGGCAGUCCAAGAAC